AUGGGUGUUAAGAAGGAGCUGAGAGCCCUCGAAAUCCUCGAGAAGCCAGAAGCAUUUUUAACCGAAGACUUCAAUCUGUCUGCAACCGUUUCUGAACCAGAAGAGAGCGGAACGCCACUUUUCUCUGAUGAAGGCACUUUCGGUGAGUUUGGUUCUGUGCUCCAGAAUCUAGUCCACCUAAUGCCCCAGCUCUCAGUCAGGCAGGUCACCGUCGACUUUGAGAAGGCAAUUUGGUCGGCCAUCAGAGAAGUGCUCCCCACUGUAAAAAUUCAGGGAUGUGUCUUUCACUGGACACAGGCCGUCUGGAGGAAGGUACAAGAGCUUGGCCUCCAAAGGGCGUACAUGGACGACGAUUCCGUUUACAAGUACAUCAGGAAGCUAAUGGCCCUCCCGUUCCUCCCGUAUCCGGAAAUCCAACCGAUGUUCGACCUACUCGAGGAGCAGGCCCAAACCGACGAGCUGGGGAGACUUGUCCAGUACAUUCGACGACAGUGGAUUGAGAGUGAAGUCUAG